AUGUCCCCGCCGGCCAUCAUCGCCCCCUCCAUUCUGUCGGCCGACUUCGCCGCCCUCGGCCAGGAAUGUGCCAAGACCAUGGACCAGGGCGCCGACUGGCUGCACGUCGACAUCAUGGACGGCCACUUUGUCCCCAACAUCACCUUUGGCCCGCCCGUCGUCGCCAAGAUCCGCUCCCACGUCGCCAACCCGGCCGACACCAAGACGCCCCUCGGCCGCGGCACCUUUGACUGCCACAUGAUGAUCGCCGAGCCCAAGCGCUGGGUGCGCGAGUUCAAGGACGCCGGCGCCAACCUGUACUGCUUCCACUACGAGGCCGCCUUCUCGACCGCCGCCGAGACCCCGGCCGCCGAGUCCGAUCUCAAGACGUCGCCCCGCGAGCUCGUCCGCUACAUCCACUCGCUGGGCCUGCAGGCCGGCGUCGCCAUCAAGCCCGCGACGGCCGUCGACGUGCUGUAUGAGCUGGUCGAGGCGGCCAACGAGGCCGAGCGGCCGGACAUGGUGCUGGUGAUGACGGUGGAGCCCGGGUUCGGCGGCCAAAAAUUCAUGGCGGACCAGAUGCCCAAGGUGCAGGCGCUGCGGCAGCGGUACCCGGAGCUGAACAUUGAGGUGGACGGCGGUCUGGGGCCCGGCACGAUCGAUGUGGCGGCGGAGGCGGGUGCGAACGUGAUUGUGGCCGGGUCGGCCGUGUUUGGUGCCAAGGACCCGUCCGAGGUCAUCGCGAAGCUGCGGGAGGCCGUCAAUACGCGGAGAAAGUAA